UUAUGCAAAAUCAGCCUCUUUUUUGUCGGCUUGCUAGUUAAGCAAAUAGUCUAGUUUAUGAUGGUUAACAAGCUCAAACGACAGGAGCGUCAGUGAUGGGACAGAUGAGGACGACAGAUGAGUGAGGACGGAAAAUACGAAGACAGGAGAGAAAGAAAAGAGAGCACUGAGAGGAAAAGUAACUGAGUCAGGUGAUCUGAACAUGGGAAGGAAUCUGCCCCCAACAAGCAGCACCCCUCUGUCUGCGUACAGGAAGGAAAUUAAACUGUUAUAGGUGCUAACUCCUUUCUGCUGGCACUCCUAUCCGUGUAAGAUAACCCAGGCAAUCACUUAUUGGUGGUGCUGACAGACAGUGGCUGUGACAGAGGCAGAAAGGAGAGAUGAGCUCUCUGUUCGCUGGACAUGAAGAGGAAAAUUGGAUAAAAGAGCGGUGGACAUCCAGCGAGCCCCGCCUCCUUGGCAUGAAACACUUGUAAGCAGAGACCAAUCCAGCAGUUCCCCCAGUGAACUUCAACCCGCCAGGUGCCAUUUGACUCAGGGCUACCAUGGGACUCCUUUUGGUUCAUCGCAGCCCUCUCUUCUUCCUCAUCUUCUUCCUCCUGCUCCUGUGCCACCCUUGCAUUUCCAUCAGUCCUCAUGUCGUGGAGCGAGCAUCUGCCUCUGAACAACCUCAGUCAUUUGUUAACGGCACAGGUUCUGGAAAGAGGACAUGUACAGGUGUUGUGGUGUGCAAACCUGGAAUUCUACUGCCAGUGUGGGAGCCUCUCAACCCUCCUGUCGGCGAACAAGCAGGGAGGGCGAUUGUCUACUUCGCCUCACUCAUGUACAUAUUCCUUGGAGUGUCCAUCAUUGCAGACCGCUUCAUGGCAUCCAUAGAAGUCAUUACAUCUCAGGAGAAGGAGGUGACCAUUACCCAACCUAAUGGGGAAACCACAGUGAAAACCGUACGGAUCUGGAAUGAGACUGUGUCCAACCUGACACUGAUGGCCCUGGGCUCCUCUGCCCCAGAGAUCCUGCUCUCUGUUAUUGAGGUUUGUGGACACAACUUCAAUGCUGGGGAGCUCGGCCCAGGGACCAUAGUGGGCAGUGCUGCCUUUAAUAUGCUUGUAAUAAUUGGUCUGUGUGUGUCAGUCAUUCCUGAUGGACAAUCACGCAAGAUCAAACACCUGCGAGUGUUUUUCAUCACAGCUUUCUGGAGUAUCUUUGCCUACAUUUGGCUCUACCUCAUACUGGCUGUCAUCUCCCCAGGGGUGGUUGAGGUGUGGGAAGCUAUAGUAACACUCCUGUAUUUCCCGGUCUGUGUGCUCUUGGCUUGGAUCGCUGACCGUCGACUGCUCUUUUACAAAUACAUGCAUAAGAGAUACCGUGCCGACAGGAGGCAUGGAAUUGUAGUGGAAAUGGAAGGGGACCUUUCCCCCAAAGGAAUUGAUGUUAUCAUGGAUGGAAAGUUGUCAGAUUGCAGUUUGGGCCCCGGAAACUCGUCUACCGCGACGGUGUCCGUGCAGACGAGCGGUGAGUUACAGAGGAACGAAGAUGAGGUGGUGCGUAUCCUGAAAGAUCUGAAGGAGAAGCAUCCAGAUAAAGACCUGGAUCAGCUGAUUGAGAUGGCCAACUACUCUGCCCUGGUUCACCAGAAGAAGAGCCGUGCCUUUUAUCGUGUCCAAGCAACACGGAUGAUGAUUGGUGCUGGAAACGUCUUAAAGAAGCACGCGGCGGAUCACAAACGACGCUCGCAGGGGCAGGAUGCCGACAAAGCAACAUGCUCACAUAUCUGUUUUGAAAGUGUCCAAUACCAAUGCACAGAGAACUGUGGCUCUGUGACCCUGUGGGUGGUCCUCGAUGGAGGCACGGGACAGAACACUUUCUAUGUGGACUACUGUACAGAAAAUGGGUCUGCCAAUGCUGGAUCAGACUAUGAAUUCAACAAGGGAACCCUGGUAUUUAAACCAGGGGAAACCAGAAAAGAGAUCAAGGUGGGAAUUUUGGAUGAUGACAUCUUUGAAGAGGACGAACAUUUCUUUGUGCGUCUUCAAAAUCUGAGGUUAGAGGAGGGAGGAAACGAAGGGACAGGGACUCCUCCCAAGGGUAGACUAGUGGAACCUCUGCUGGCCACAGUCACCAUACUGGACGAUGAUCAUGCUGGAAUCUUUACCUUUGGGCAGCAGGUGCUGCGAGUGAGUGAGAGCACUGGCACGCUGACAGUGACUGUGUUGAGGAACUCGGGCUCCAGGGGCACUGUAGCUGUGCCAUACCAUACUGAAGAUGGUAGUGCCAAGGCUGGGGUGGACUACGAGAAGACCAAAGGCGAGGUAGAAUUCACCAAUGAACAGACCAGUCAGACGUUACAGAUCCAUAUUUUAAAUGUGGAGGAGUACGAAAAGCAGGAAAACUUCUUCGUUGUCCUCGAGGACCCCAAGUGGCUGAAGAGAGGAAUUUCUGCUCUACUAUUGAACCAGGGUAAUCCGACCCCUGAGGAGGAGGAGGCCAGGAGGAUCUCUGAGAUGGGCAAACCUAUUCUAGGAGAGCAUAGCAGACUAGAAAUCAUCAUAAAAGAGGCCUGCGAUUUUAAGCACACUGUAGACCAACUCCUCAGAGACACGAAUCUAGCAGGAGUGAUCGGCACUCACUCAUGGAAGGAGCAGUUCAUCGAAGCAGUCACAGUCAGUGCAGGUGACGAUGAGGAGGAGGGACAGGAGCAAAGGAUGCCCAACUGCUGCGACUAUUUUAUGCACAUGGUUUGCAUUUUCUGGAAACUUUUAUUUGCUUUUGUCCCGCCCACUGAGUACUGGAAUGGCUGGGCAUGCUUCAUCGUGUCCAUCUCUGUCAUCGGUAUCUUAACUGCUAUCAUUGGAGACCUUGCUUCCCAUUUUGGCUGCACUGUUGGCCUCAAAGACUCUGUGACUGCGGUGGUCUUUGUGGCCCUGGGGACUUCACUUCCUGACACCUUUGCCAGUAAAGUGGCUGCCACUCAGGAUCAGUAUGCAGAUGCGUGUGUGGGAAAUGUGACGGGAAGUAACGCAGUGAAUGUAUUUUUGGGCAUAGGCUUGGCCUGGUCCGUGGCUGCAGUGUACUGGGAGGUGAAAGGGAAGGUCUUCCGUGUUGAUCCUGGUUCCUUGGCCUUCUCGGUCACACUCUUCACCAUUUUUGCAUUCUUUAGUAUGGGAGUACUGAUGCUGCGCAGAAGGCCAUCCAUAGGAGGUGAACUCGGGGGCCCACGGAUUCCCAAAGUCCUCACUUCACUGCUCUUCUUUGGACUUUGGUUCCUGUAUGUUCUCUUCUCCAGCCUGGAGGCCUAUUGCCAUAUACAAGGAUUCUAAGGGAGUCAUGACUUGCACAAUUACAGACACGGGACCAGGACAGUCACUCGGACAGUAACUACUAGUAGGAAUCCGUCCACCUCACUAUUUGACUCCUGCUGCCAUGCUUCAUAAAAAUGUAUACACAAUGUGUAUAUGUAACAUCCACUGUUGGACUGUUCUAGUCAAUAGUCAGUCUUUGUCACAAUACAAAUUCAUUUGUUUUUUAAUUGAUACAACUGUAGUUAACUGAAUGAUAGAUAAAAGGUUCAGACAAACAAAUAUUUCUGAUCAAUAAAAGAAAGUUGUAUGUCUUCAGUUAGGAUUGUUUCUGAUGGUUUAUAUCUUUGAUUUAAAGUUUGAGAUUGUUAUUUUUCUCACACUUACAAAGCCAGGGCCAGUCCGAGGCAUAGGGUUUAGUAGUUUAAAACAAUAAUCACUUAUAACUGUUUUUAUUCACAUGAGCAAUGUAAACGUUUAUGUAAAAGUGAGUUUGCUUUCAGUGAGCACCAACCUUAUCAAAAUUGAUAGGAUACUGCCAGCCAAUCAGAAACCAGUGUUUACUAGACUCACUCUUGUGUUAAACAUUCAUGGUCUAUACCCAUUUAUCCUGGCAGGGCUGAUCACAGGGCAAGAUGCAAACCCACCCAAGACAAACAAUCAUGUACACUCACUCAUUCCUAAGGGCAACUUGGAGAGACCAAUUAACCUAACAGUCAUGUUUUUUUUUUUUUGGACUGUGGGAGGAAGCCUGAGUACCCAGAGAGAAAUCACACACGUAGAAGGAGAACUGCAAUCUCAAUGCAGAAAGACCCCAGGCCCUUCUUGCUGCAAGGCAACAGAGCUUCCAGCUGCACUGGCCUAGUGUAAAAUAUGGAAUCAGGUUUCACUUUCAGUCUCUAGUUUUGACAAGUAAUCUGAUUUUGGGUAUAAUUUGUAUUAUUAUACCCAAAAAACAUACAAUCCUUCACAUACAACAAAACAUUGUAUGUGACCUAUUAAAAUGCACUGCAGCUACUGAAUUUGGUCACAUGAUCAAAUAGAUAAGUAAUAACAAUAGACAAGAUUUUAAAUGCACCACAUAGAUUUAAUACUGAAAUGUAAGAUAUGAUAAUCAUAGAAGUUUCCUUGGAGUACAAUGAAGGAAGUAAUUGAUUCCCUUUGGGUUUGGUUUGCCUGAUCACUUAAAAAGAAAUGAGCAGUCCUUAAUUGUUUUGGUGGUUUGAAUGGAGAGACAGCUUAUGAAUCAAAAAUCCAGAGUGUGUGAAAAUUAGAGAUGAUUUGCUUUUCCUUGAUUGAAAUAAGUAUUUGCUUUCAAAGCAAAGCAUGACUUACAACUUGGUGGAGAAACCUUUGUUGGCAACCACAGCAACAAGCUGUUAUUUGGAGCUGGUCACCAGAUUGGCACACAUAUUCAGGGGAUUUAAAUGAAUGUUCUCCAAAGAAACUGCUUAUCCUGACAGCUUUUGGGCUGCAACCUCUAUCAGAAAAACAGCCAAAAGCAUACCAUCUCCCUGUCUUUGCAGUGGGUAUGAUGUUUGUUGCAUUAUGCUCAGACACGUGCUUCAGCACGGCAGAUCCAUGUGGCACAAUGACCUCCUCAACAUGCCCCCCAGGCCUCAGAGACCCGGCCCUGCUAAUGAAACACUCAUUUAAUGCAGGUGAGUUCAGUCAGAGAGCGACAUCUUGAAAGUGAAAGGACGCCGUCUCUCACUGGCUGACUUUGAACUCCACCAAUUUAUAUUUCAUGGGAACCUUAAAACAAGUCUUCACAUGUGCCUUUGUAGAAGGAGACUGUAAGGUUUUAAUCCUUUAUGGCGUAGUGUGUUACCAGAAAGGCUGUUGGUGGCUGCGGCCUCAGCUGCCAUCGGGUCAAGCUCUAUGUGGAGCUGUGAAUCGAGCUCAUGAUAAUCCUCACCUCAUGACACAAGGUCUCACAAAGAAAUCUGGACCAACAGAGACUGGUCUUUUCAUAUUGCGUCCAUUUCUGAAUAACUGCAAUGUGACUUUGUUACCAGUCUUCUUGCUGCUGCUCUUAUGUCCCUUUCCAGUUUUUUUUUUUUUUUUCUGUGGGGGGUCAUGAACAUUCUGCGACGGGACCAAGUGUUACAGAUUGAUUGACUAAUUCAAAAUGAUCUGUGGGAACCAGGAUCUUUGCUUGUUGGUAGGGUUUGGAAUACUUCUUUCACUCUACGACAUGGAAGUCAUUUUCUGUAUUUUUCUGUGAUUGUUCUGGAUUUUUGGUUAAAACCCUGUAUCUCUCCAAUAAACGAAACUGCCAUAAA